GGACAGCUGUGGAGAGCUGAUCGAAAAGUGUUUUCGUUUUCAGGUGGAGUACCAUCAGCUCGAAAGGAGGUCAUCCGGCACAAGAUCCGAGCUAUAGGCAAAAUGGCGCGCGCCUUCUCUGUGCUCAGACACGAGAGCGAGACGGUGCUGCAGCUCAAAGGCCUAAAUCCAGGAGGCAAACUGCCACAAGGUAUUCUGUCCGGAGGAAAGUCGGCACUCGUCGAAUCCCUGACAGGUGUACAACCGGGCCAUCGUAUUCAGUCGUUUGCGGAGGCAAAGAGGCUCGAUCAGAUGAACGAGCGUAUGCCGCCGUCGAUGGCGACACCUGGACAAUCGCCGUCAUCGUCACCGCAACCACGUGCGCGUAACGGACCCGAUGCAUAA